CUUGCUUGUACCUAAUCCAUGCAAAUCACCUUAUCACCAUUGGUAUGAGUGGAAGGUGGAGCUGUCUCACCAUCUUUCAAAAGCUCAGUUGCCGGACAAAGUGUCAUAUACCUACGCUUACUUCCGCUUGUGAAACACCAAUGCUGUGACCAACUGACUAGUGAUACAAGAUGAGCACCGUCAGCUAGUGGAGGGAGAGGAGCCAAGGAGUUAUCAUGAUCUGAACCUGCCACUCUUCUCCCUUCAUAAGGUCUGCAGCUCAGACGAGCUCCUGGUCGCAGACCUCGAAAGAAGCUGCGUCUCAUAUAAAUGUGACUGUCAGCAUUUGCUGCGGUCAAAUGAAGCAGGCAGGAAGCUUUCCGAGUGCCUGAAUGCAGAGUAACGUAGUCAGAAGCAUUUCAGAUUGUUGAGAGUACAAGCAGCAAGACAAGUUCCUGUACUGAAAAUGUUCUGAUAAUGAAAUUUACUAGUUUAAGCUCUGCAGAGGCCAACUGAAGUUGAGAAGCAGAAGCUAAGUAUCAGUGCUACGUCGCAGGAAGUUCCGCUUGUCGAGCAAAAGCAGCAAGAAACGGCUGGAGGAGUUUUAGGACUUACAUUGUUAUUAUUCUGGUUCGCCUUGACAGAGAACAGGUUUAGUCAGUGGUACACAGUACAACCGUCACACUGUUCAAGCCCAAUUGAGUCUGUUACAGUCAUCUGAAGGCCCAAUGGCAACGUUUCAAAAUGCGACGCUUGCCUUCACCGGCGACAGCAUGCACUGGACCCAAGGGACAGCCUUUGUGUUGGAACAGCUGAGUGCUCUUGCGGGAAUGCUGCCUCCAUCAACCACCGUUGACGCAAAGUUUGUGUUGACGCCAGUGACGGCAACUGCAAUGUUCCUCACUUUCCUGUGUGGCCUCUUAGCCAACGCCGGAGGCGUCGGCGGUGGUCCCCUGUACAUUCCCAUCAUCCACGUGUUGCUCGGCUUCAACCUGAAGACCUCUGCGGCGUUGUCUAUCACCGUCGUUUCGAGCGGGGCUCUCGCAAGCACGCUCUACGGGUUGCGGAAAACAAGCCCCCGAGACCCGAACCGUACCCUCGUGGACUUCGACCUUGCAUUGACAUUCAUUCCCGCUUUCCUAUUGGGGGUGGACUUCGGUGUUCUCUUCAACGUGUUGAUUCCGGAGUGGCUCCAAACCGCCCUCCUCGUGUUUCUCCUCUACUUCGUAAUUCGCAACACCGCCAACAAAGCCCGCCAACAAUGGCGGCUCGAACAGGCGACGCUAGCGCAACGGAGUCCCGUAACUCCGAUUAUUCCAGCACUCGCACACACGGGCGUCAAUCAGCCGUUGCUUCCGCCGCCGCUCGAAAUUCCGGAGACCGGAACGGAGUCCGCCGGAACCGGUCUGGAUGAGGGGCAAGAAUCCAGCAACGACCUUGAGAACAGUGGGGGUUCGGGAAACGGGUUUGGUUCCGAGAACGGGGUUAGCGGGCGUCCGAGGCAGAACCUCAGGCGGCGGAGCUUGCUUAACCUCUUCGAAAAGGAGGAUUUCCCAGAGGGCAUCUCGCACGAGGAGUUUUUCAUAACCACCAAAGAGCUGAUCAGUCCGAGGGGGGCCAAAAUCGACCCUACUACGGGGGGGAGUUUCAGAGACCCGCGCCAGGGGGAUCCCUCCGAGCGUCCGCAACGGAAAACCCUCCUGCAGCGGAUUCCGUUCCUGCAGCUCGGCGCAAUUCUGGUUCUGUGGGUCUUGUUCCUGGUUAGCCAGGGGCUCAAGGCGCGUUACAACCGUUGCACGUGGAAGUAUCUGCUUAUCUUGUCGGCGCAAGUGGUGGUUUUGUUAGCAGUAACCGGAGCACAGAUUCUGUACCAGGUACACAGGGCGACGACGAACAUCAAGGAACUGGAUCCGGAAGUGCGCGUCAUUUUGCUGCGCGAGAGCGUUCAGGAAGUCCUCGAGAGGCCGAUCCGAGUGCUGGCUGAAGUGGCCGGUAUCAUUGCGCUGGCGGGCGUGGGCGCCGGUCUUCUUGGGCUCGGCGGAGCUAUCUUCUUCAACCCCUGGCUCUUACACCUGGGCGUUCAUCCGCAGGUGACCGUAUCGACGGCCGUUCUCAUGAUCCUCUUCAGCAGCUCCGCGAUUUCCCUCUCGCUCUCGUUCCAAAACCUGCUCAACCAUCACUACGCCCUCGUCUUCGCGCCGAUUGCCUUCGUUGCGUCGACGAUUGGGGUUACUGUAGUCGGCCGCAUUGUGCGCCAAUCGGGAAGGACGUCGAUUAUCGUCAUCAUUCUGACGGUUCUUGUGGCGGCCGGCACGAUAACGACGGCGAUUUUUGGCGGCUUGCGAUCGUACGAGCAGUUCGUAGAAGGGAAAGACGUCCGGUUCCAUCCGCUCUGCACCAAGUAGAGCGCAGCAGCGGAGCGAGCGGAGCAGCGGCAGCGGAGCAGCGGAGCGAGCGAAUUUGUGGACAAAGGCUUGCAGAAGGUUGAUUAACAUUAUAUGGGCGUCAAGAGAUCUUGACUACGAGAGCGCCAGCCUAGCCGACCGUUAAUAGUAGGCGCGGCCAAGCAGCGACCACGUUUUGUAUUGCCAUCUUGCCAGUGAGAUUGACAGUCAUACGUACUUAUCUGGAAAUCGUAUCUUUCACCGUAUCGAGCCUGGCGGCCGCUAGCUCC